AUGUUUCAUCAGCGACAUCCAUCGUCUUUCACCCUUCAUGUUUUUCUCAUGGAUCGUGUAUUUGGUCUUCCGCGCAAGGCCCUCAAGAUAUAUCAGAAAGACAACUCGGGCGGAUACCCGAAACCUAUCUCUCACAGCAAAGUGGAGCCCCAGAACCGGAUCGAAUAUCUUCUCAAAAAGCUUGUGCACCGCUUCCUUCUUGGACCUGGUUUGCAACCAUUUGCUCGGCGAUUUCAGAUUGAUUUCGCCCAGCGAGUACAAAACCUUGCCGUCGGCAACGACUGGGUGGAAUGGGAUGACUUUGUUUCUUUCUAUACGCAGGAUCUUACUGCAUCAUUCCUCAAUGCUCUCUGCGGCAAGUACUUACUCCAAAAACACCCGGAUUUCCUGACUCACUUGUGGACCUUUGAAAACAACAUCUGGAAGUUUGUUGUUGGCCUGCCUCGUUUUCUAUUUCCGCGAAUUUACACAGCCCGGGGUGAAUGUUUAGCCGCGCUGAAAAGUUGGCACACCUGGGCGUCUCAGAAUUUUGACCCAGCCGAUGUUGACGCGGCGGGGGAUGAUCCGAUCUGGGGCUCCAAAUUCUUCAGAGAUAGGAAGGAGGUUCUCAACCAAGUUGAAGGGUUUGAUCAGGAUGCCAUUGCAACACAUGAUUUUGCUUUUAUUUGGGGAGCGACCAACAAUGUCAUUAUUUCGGCUUUCUGGACAGCUGUGGAGGCAUUCAAGGAUCCCAAGCUGCUCUCCCUAGUGCGAGAAGAGGCAAAGGCCUGCCUUCUCGUCGACCAACAGAGCGACUGUCUUCAGUUUGACAUGAAAAAACUCCUACAGCAACCUUACCUCCAAGCCAUGUAUGCCGAAACACUUCGGCUGAGAAUAGGCGGCUUUCUCGUACGACAUCAGAAUGAAGAAGACCUUAAUAUUGAAGGCUGGCGGAUUCCGAGAAACCACUAUAUCCUGAAUAACACGAUGCAUGGACACAUGAAUCCAGAUAUCUGGAGUAAGGGUACUUGUGAGAAUCAUCCUGUCGAUGUAUUCUGGCCCGCACGAUUCUUGAAACCGGGCGUGGAUGGUGUAUCACAAGAGUUCACUAUGGAAAUGUCCAAGGGAGCCUGGACGCCUUAUGGUGGUGGCCACAAUACGUGCCCCGGUCGGCAGCAUGCUAAAAUGACGAACAUUUAUGCAACUGCGCUGAUUGUAUUGUCGUUUGACUGCGAGAUCAUUGCUGAUUCCAAAGCCUUAGAGAUGAGCAUGCGAAACUUUGGCUUUGGGGUUGCGGCGCCAAGGGGAAAUAUACCAGUACGGAUAAGACGGCGUUGA